UUUUAUUUCAGCUAUAACUUCCCAGUAUGCAGAGUCUUGGAGAAGAUCUUAUCUGUAUUCUGGACCAACUGGACAUUAAGCAGGUGGUGGGAAUCGGAGAGGGAGCAGGGGCUAACAUCCUCGCCAGGUUUGCUAUGGCCCAGCCUGCCCGAGUGUUAGGAGUUGUCCUGAUCCACUGCACCGGAACCACCGCAGGAAUCAUGGAGGGAUUGAAGGACAAGCUGAUUGGUUGGAAGUUGGAACAUCUAGGAAUGAAUCCCACUGCUGAGGCCUACUUAAUGAUGCACAGAUUCGGUUCGAUUUAUUCACUAAGAUUAUGUAACAUUCUUUUUAUCAUUCAGCUUUCACUAACAUUUGAAUGACAUGCAUACAAAUUCACCUGAAGGUUUCAAUGCUUUAAUUACAUCAGUGCAUUGAAUACCCCAGAGCAUUUUCAUUAUAUUUAUAUUCUAGACACAUAAUGAAUGAAGCUCAUCAUUCGUCCCUAAAUGUGUUAGAAAUUUAGAUUAGAUUCACCUAUCUCUACAGAAAAUUGAUGUGUUGAAUUAAAUUAAAUCCCUGUUUGAAAUUUCACAUUCUGUUUUAAUUUACAAUUUGCAUGAAUUUAGUGAUAGUUAAAUGUUUUCACAAUA